AUGGAGAAUCCGCAUCUCAAGAGUAUCCUCGCCGAGUUUCCGGACGUGGAUGCUGCGGCCCUUCCAUGGCCCGCCGGGGCGGAAGAGUGGGAACCCAAGGACUUGCAGCUCUUCAUCGGCAGCGGAGGCUUUCUGAAGCCCAAGAAGAAGAAGGCCACCGAAGCCAAAGCGGCUUCGGCAUCGGUGCCAGCGCCAGCGCCAGCGAAAGCACCAGCGGCAGCGCCGUCUCCGGCGGCGCAGGAUCCUGGCGGCUACCCAAGCAGAAGAGACCCCGAGUCGACUUCCUCCUUUGAGGUGCCAGCUUGGAGUCAGGAACGCAAAACGCUUUCCAUGCCUGUGCGAGUCCACUGCGAGGACACUGCGCCGAACGGACACGUUCGUAUCGAGUCGCUGAACGCUUUCGCAGAGCGAAUCCGGAGCUUGGCUCUGAUGCAGAUCAUGGGUGUUUCCUUGGCAGACCUGAAGGAGCAAAACCUUGCCAUUCUGGCCACCGAGUAUGUCAUUGAGAUCGUGGGCAAAGGCAUCCGCGUUCUCGACACACUUCGGAUUGACACGACGCCGGAGUUUCCGGCGGCACCCCUCUUCCCGUGGGACACGCAGAUGUUCGCUGAUGACGGGUCGCUGUACAUGCGAGGCCUGUUUGGCUUGAACCUUUGCCAGAUCUCUGCGACCGGCGCAUAUAGUGGAGCGGACGCCAAAGCAUACGAUGCGUUCGCCAAGGACCUGAGAAAGUUCACGGACCCGAGCAAGAGUAAGUUUUCAAAGACAUCCCUUCGAUUUUAUUCUGCAUAUCCGAAAGCGGGUGCCCCUUUCACACCAGAGAAAUACUUGAAGGCGAGCUAUGUGGUCAGAUCUACAGACUGUGACAUGUACAACGUCCUCUUUCAGGGGCGCGUGCCGUCCAUGAUGGAGUCCUGCUACCCGCAGCGCGAUGCGCGGGCCUUCUACGUCAACAUUCGCAUGUCCGUCCACCCGGGAGAUGAGCUCGCCGUACAUGUCUUUGUUGAGAAGGCGAAGGCUUUUUUCGUUUGUCUGCGAGGAAAGGAGCCAGUCCUUACAGCUGUGGGGCACUACGAGGCCUCACCGGUCUGCCAAGAGGAGAUCAAAUGUCUGCGAGCUGCAUUUCGAGCGGUGCAGCGGCAGUCACCCGUUUUGCGGUCGCGCUUCGCCAGAGUCGCGGGUCGCUACGUCCAGGUGGUGCUCCCUUCUUCUUGGUCCGUGGCCGAGUUUCGUGAAAGCGACCUGCCCGACUGCCAGACAGGCCAGAACGGCGCCCUGAGACUCGCGGCGGCCGCUGCAACUUUGCCUCCGUUGCAGUGCAAAGGCCCGCUCCUACGGCUUGUCUUCUUGCGCGGCAAGGUCGCGCCGAAGACGCGGAGUGCAGUUGUGUUGACUGUGCACAAUGCACUAUGCGAUGGCUGGUCCAUGAACGCGCUGCUUCAGGACUGCGACGAAGCCACGCGGCACGACCUCCACCAGCUGAGCUUUGAGGAAGCCAGCCAGGUCAUCACCAGGAUGUUCUUGGAUCCUGCUACACUGCUCGGGGAGCUUUGGACCUCGCUGGGAUGCCUUCGGCCAGCGUGGUCGAGGGCCAUCCUACUUGGAUCCAUCAAAGCGGAGAUGAAUCGCCGUUGCACUCCACAUCGGGGAAAGUGUAAACCUGAAGAGAUACAUCUCUGGCCCUAUUGUCAAUGGUGCCACGCCACCAGCGGGGUGGAGCUGUGUGCGGAUUGCUCGGUAGCGGCCUACUGCAGUCAGACGUGUCAAGAGAUGGAUGCUCCGCGCCACAACCUCUGGUGCUAUCCACUCCUUGUUUCCCGACUUCUGUGGUGUGCCCUUCCGCACGAGGCAUUGGUGUGGCAGGAGCUCGCACGACGAUCGCCACUGACGCCGUACACGGCGCCUUCUGCCGCGAAAGCCCCCCAGCUGCCAAAAUGCUGGCCGGACUUCUUCGAGGCGCGCUUCCCGUCGGCUUCCGCACUCGAACGCCUUCUGCUGACGGAGUCGCUCAGUUCGACGUUGACCCUCCUGUGGUUGUUGGACUUGCUCGGCUUACGAGAGGUUCAGCGUGCAAUAAGGGUCCUCCUGGUUGGUGCUGAUAAUGAAGCCGAUGCUCCGUGGGAGGAGCUGCUGCCUCACCUUUCUGGGACCCUGGAGCUGGUCCUAGUGGGCCCUUUCCUCGCCGACGCGUCGUGGUCCCAGGGAGGAGUUUCAGUCUGCUGCCGGAGAGCACAUCUGCAGGACCUGAGCCCGGAGGAGUUGAAGCCGCUGGAUGUUGCUGUAGCGUUUAACUCUGGCAUGAUCUACUACAAGGAGUGGCCGAGGGCUUUGCCGACAUUGCAUGGAUGCCUCUGCCCCCUGGCCGUCACGGCCUGGGAGUUCCCGGAGGCUUUGCAGGUCCAGCAGCUCCUUCUCGAUGCCAACUUCGAGGUGCCGGAGCUCCGCGACAAUCCUUUCGCUUCACACGCCCCGCAUCGGGUCACGGACGACCACGGGACAACCAUGUUCGGCAACCUCGUGCUCUUCACCACCCGGCCCUGCUCGGCCUUACCAUGGCAAGCCCUGGUGAGCCCUUCCGAGUCAGAGCCUUGCGAGGAGGACCUCCGAGAUGCCCUCCGCCUCAUCCAGGGGCAUCUCGAAGUGCUGUCGGGGCGUCGGGCAGAACUCGAGAUGAUAUUGGACGAGCCCCAGGUAUUCCGUGAGUACAUCGAAAGUGACGACUUUCGGAUUCCGGAAGACAUAUCUGUGGAUAUGGAUAGGGCAUACCGAGGACUGGGUUUCUGA